CCGACUACCCGCCGUGGGCGACAUCUUGCCGAGAAGCAAAGCACCGCAGCUGGGUUUCAGCUACUGCGCCACGCGCGCCGCGGCCCCAGCGGGAGGAGGCAGCGGCUCGGAGCGGGCCGGCGGCGGAUCGCGGCACCAUGUCACCGGGCAGCGGGGUGAAGAGCGAGUACAUGAAGCGCUACCGGGAGCCGCGCUGGGACGAGUACGCGCCGUGCUACCGCGAGCUGCUGCGCUACCGCCUGGGCCGCCGGCUGCUGGAGCAGGCGCACGCGCCCUGGCUCUGGGACGCCUGGGGCCCGGACUGCUCCUCGGACGACUCGGCCUCGUCGGCGGCGUCGGGCCCCGCGCCCCGGUGCGCGCUUGCGGACCCCGAGGAGGCCUCGGAGGCCUCGGAGCCCGCGGAGGCCUCGGCGCGGGAGGAGCCCGAGCGGCCUGCGGGGGAGCGGGGCGCGGAGGCCGGGGACGAGCAGGACGCGGCACAGCCAGCACUGCCAGUGAAAGACGUAGAAGAAAAGCCCAAGCAACAAACCCAAGUGAAAGAGACAGACAGGUCACCCGCCGGCGUCAAGCCCCGACAGCAACCAAGUGCCUUAUUUGCUAGAGGAAAUAGGAAAGCGGUCAGAAGCCCCCAAAGAUCAUCCAGUAAAAUAAAAGAAAACAAGCACCCAUUUGCCCUUUAUGGCUGGGGAGAAAGACAGAUGGACACCGGAAGCCAGAAGACUCACAACGUCUGUGCGUCUGCCUCAGUGCAUGAGAUUCACGAGUCCGCAUUACGCGCCAAGAGCAGGAGGCAGGUGGAGAAGAGGAAGCUGGCGGCACAGAGGCAGCGGGCGCACUCGGCGGCAGAGGUAGAGAAGAGCAGAGCUCCGCGGGCGCCCCCAGCGGAGAGCCCCUGGGUGACCGAGUACAUGCGCUGCUACUCAGCACGGGCCUAGACCCGCCGUCCUGCACCGGGGCCAGACCGGCCGAGCUGGACCUGGCCAAGACCGCCAUCAGGCAGGGAACGGCCAGAGGCUGUUGUGUGGAUGGAGCUUGUCACCUACCUCAGCCGUAGGGCAGAAGGUCAAAGCCAUAGACACCAGUCACUCGCAAAGACGAGCCCCAGCCUCUGGUAUUCUUGUGAGAGUUGUGUCUGAGCGUCUCGCCUUUGAGGUACUGACACCAGAUGCCUUUAAACGGCUAUGAGGCUCCCUUUCCCCUCUGGCUGGCGCGGGUGAGCUGUGUCACCCACCCUAGGGGCCUCUGACUCACACGUCCUGCACGAGAUUUGUGUUAACUGGCACAUGUGGUUUCCUUUGUGAGAGAGCACCAAGCAAACAGCACUCACCAUGACCUUGAGUCCAUGACUCAGCACCACCUGGAGUCCAGUUCUCCCCAGGAGCGCGGGUCCACGUAGGGUGAAGCAGGGCCGUGGUGGCUACUGGCAGGUGAAGAGGUGCUUAUGUUCCAGCCCGCGCCACCUCCCGUGGGUCCUGGGGUUCGAGGAUUGGGCUGGUGAGGCCCCGCUGCUCUGGAUGGCUCUAGGCACCCCUCGUACUUUAACAGUCACACACAUUCCCGUAGACGCAGCGCCAGGCACUGUGUUUGGGUGGCAGUGCCGUUGCGCAGGUCAGUGGCACCUCCUUUUAACUACAGCAUUUCCCUUUAGAACACUGAGCUUCAGCCAGCCGCGGUGACGGGCUGUGGACUCUAGCCUCUCCUGCGAUAGCCGGCAGAACACGUAGAACUCGUACCCUGAAACCACGUGGUGUAACCUGGGAUUGGCCCGUGGGAAGGCACAGUGGAAGACGCGGUUAGAGACGCUGCCGCCUUCUCCCUCUUCUUCCGCAGCACUCGGUCUUGACGGUGUGAUGUUCGUGCUUCAGGUUGAACUGUCGUUUGGGUCCUGGCCAGCACCUUUCAGGAGUGCAGGGACGGGAGCAGGCACAGCCGUGCCCCAGCAGUGCUGGUCCUGUUUGCGUGGAAAAUGGUCUUCACGCUCAUUUCCCAGGUGGUGGCCUCUCCACUGGCGAGGCCUGUCCAGGAAGGACCAGGGCAGGUGCUCUAGGAGCCGAGCCGGUGCUUGGCCUCCAGCUUAGCACCUCGGGGGUGAGUGGAAGCUGGCGUCGCACCUGAGGCUAGGCAGGCCUUGGUUCUCACUCAGGGUCUCCGAAGUCCAAUGCUCUGGGCACGCAGACCAGUUUCAUUCACAUCAGUCACCAUCUUGUCACCGUGUCACGCUGUGAGUGUGCAUCCUGGGAAUCUGAGCACUUGCACGGUCUCGAGGUGGAUUCUGUAUGGAGAACGCGCCUUGUUGAGCAGUGUGCUCACCAAGAGGAAGUUCUACACGUUGUCCCACACACUGGCUAGGAAGUCUGGUGAACUUUGGUUCAACCUGUCACACAUUUUCAAAUGCUGUGGGGACCUGUGGGUCACAGGAUCACGCCAGGGCGGUGGUGUGGCUCUGGCAGUUUCUCCCACUGGCUGAGCCUCAGGUUGCCUCUGACCAUCACAGGAAGGUGGCCGGGGUGCAGGCCUGGCACCCGCCUCCUCCAGCCCGGGUCCGCGGGACGUCUAGAAAACGUACGCCUUUGUGCGCUUUCCCCUGAACUCCAAGCGGAAGUGAGCGAGCCUGGAAGGCAGACGGGCCAGUUCCCCCUUCCUUUCAGGAGAAGACAAGCGAACAAGGUCGUUAAGGGAUUUCUGAUGUGCACGAACCAAGCGUAGCUGAGUGUAGUACCUCGGUCCCUCCUGCCCGAGUCCUCGGUGGUCGAGAUCCUCCUUUCCCUUUCCCAAGGACACAGUUACUUUUUGAGCCUAUGAAUUUUUAAAAGUUGUGACAAUGUGACAUUCCUACUUUCUUCUUAUUACUGGGAACUGAUGAUGUGCUUGUGUUCCCAAUUCUUGGGACAUGUAAGACAGGGAGAUGGUUUAAAGCUGCCUUCAGGUUGGAAAAAUAAAACUGGUUGAGAAUCCAGUGUUAUUUAAAAUAAAUGCUACAUAAAGUCUUUUUAAAUUUUUGGCUUUAAGUUCUUAAUUAAAACAAUUUGCCAUA